CUGAAAAUCAAGAUUUUCAUUGUGGUUUUGUCCCAUCCUAAUUUCCUCAUCUUUAGAAAAAUGUGCAUAGGAAUAUCUAGUCAUUGACAAUCAAAUAAGAUAGUAUAUGUGAAAGCAAUUUAUAACAUGCUGUGCAAGGCAAGGCGUUACUGUUUUCUCUUUUGUGAAGCCUUCAGUGUGUAUGUAGAGUCUUCUGUAGAAGGGAUGCCGUGCCUGUGCUGUGGUACGUAUGGUCUGUUUUAAAAUGUGCCAUGUAUGCUUCUUGCUUUGCUACUUUUCAUGUCCUCUAUAUCCCAGCCCACCUCUCCUAUGAUAUCUAAUGGCAACCCUGGUCUCUGCUACCUCUCCCUAACCUCACAUUGUGAAGUGGUGGGUACAACCUUUCCUGCUCUCUACUCAGUAGGUCCUUCUUCAACUAGCGUCUUUUAAUGUGUGCUUUGAAAAUAUUACUCAACUUCCAAUUUCCAGUACACUUCUUUAUUCUUAACUGUUUUUUGUUAUUGUUGUUACUUUUUUUAUUGACUUGGGGGGGGGGGAGAGAAACAUUGAUGUGAGAGAGAAACAUCAAUCGGCUGCCUUCCUCACCCACCCUGACUGGGAUUGAGCCCACAAUCUGGGCAUGUGCCCUGACCCAGAAUCAAACUAGUGACCUCUUGGUGCGUGGGAGGUUGCCCAACCAACUGAGCCACACCUGCCAGGGCUUAUCUGUUUUCUUAAACUGAUUUAAUGAAAAUCCAGAUAUUGCAUCUCACCCUACCUUCCUACCAAGGAUUAUUUUCUGAACUCUGUGACCAUGUGGAAGAGGAGAAGGAAUCACAUUGCUUUUUUGCUUUCUCUUACUACUUCCAGAUCAUUGAUCUACCACUGUCACACUAAUACUCAUGGAAUACCGGAAGCCGGUCCACCCUUGCUGCUUGACACAGUCGCUGCAGGGAAGAAACAUCUGCACAGCUUAUGUUUCAAGGGACCUGGCGUAUAUGGCAUAUGUUUGCUCCCCCUCUUAGCGCCAUGUGUUUUAAACAGGGCCACCUCCCCGAGAAAGGUUGUUUCCCCAGGUGAGGAUUUUUCCCUGGAGUUAGGGAUUAACAGGACUAACAGGAUUAAGGAAGGGAAUAAAACCCCUUAACUAAGUGCCAGGCGGGUAAUUAAUCACUUUAACUACAAACAAUCACGCUUAAACUACAUAAUCUUUACUUAGAAUAAUCUCCUUCAGUUACUUCCUUGUAGUUUAACAGAACAAUAGAGUAGUGACCUUGGAAUGGAGAUAACAAACGCCCUAACCUUUGGAAUAGAAUGGAUAGGAUUAAAAUCAACUGGUAUAAAUACAGAUGUAAUAGGAGAAUAAAGAAAAGAACAGAACCUGGCUGGAGACCCUGACUAGAGAACCUGGCUAGGCUCCUGAUCAACUGAACGCUGUCUCCGUGUCAUUCCUUCUUCGCUGACUCCGUCCACACCUUUGGGAACCCCUGGACCUGCUGGGGCUGGACCCCAACAAUGGAAGGCAAGUACAUUGCCUCAACACAGCGACCCGACGGGACCUGGCGCAAGCAGCGGAGGGUGAAAGAAGGCUAUGUGCCCCAGGAGGAGGUCCCCGUGUAUGAGAACAAGUAUGUGAAGUUUUUCAAGAGCAAACCAGAACUGCCCCCAGGGUUGAGCCUCGAGGCCAUUGCUCCUGUCCACCCAUCAAGGUCUGAAGGCGGGGAACCAGGCCUCUCCAAGACAGCCAAACGCAACAUGAAGCGGAAGGAGAAGAGGCGGCAGCAGCAAGAGAAAGGGGAGGCAGAGGCCUUGAGCCGGACUCUGGAAAAGGUGUCCCUGGGAGAGACAGCUCCACAGGGCUCCCGGGCAGCUCCUCCAGCUGCCUCUGACCAGCCUGACCCGGCUGCUAUCACUGAGAAGGCCAAGAAGAUAAAGAACCUAAAGAAGAAGCUUCGGCAGGUGGAAGAGCUGCAGCAACGGAUCCAGGCGGGAGAAGUCAGCCAGCCCAGCAAAGAGCAGCUGGAAAAGCUAGCAAGGAGGAGGGUGCUGGAGGAGGAGCUCGAGGACUUGGAGCUCGGCCUGUGAGGCCUUUGGGGAAUUGGGAAUGGACUAAAACAAACCAUGGGGCUUUCUGGGGUCCUGGGGAACAUGGCAGCAGCAGUCAGGAGGGGUACCCCCCCCAUACUGGCUCACUUCCAUCUCUCAUGGCCCAACUCUGUCCUCCAGAGCCUAGCCUCUCCCUCAUUCCUUCCCUUUUCUUCCAAACUCCUAUUUUUUAGACGUUUCCCCUUCCCAUUCCCAGUGUUCAAAAAUCUCAGUGACUCCCCCAGGCUCCUUUGCUGCUGAUUUGGGUGUCUUAUUCAAAAGAAAAUUGGGUGGGUGGGACUCUCGGGAACUGAGGUUGAGGGUAGGGGGAGUAUGCCCAAGUCUUGGAGUCUUGAUUCCUGUUCACAGUGUUUAUGGGUUAUUUCCCCCUCAAUACCUGACCUCUUUUUUUUUUUUUUUUUUUUUUUAAGAACAGAAUAAACAAGUAGACAAAUUGUC